AGAUUUAUUUUAAUUACUGGUUCAAGUACUCACCAAUCACUCAACAAGAGUGAAGAAAAUCAGCCGCCCAAGGAUGCGAAGGCACUGUAUACGGCAGAUAACAAUGGGGCUGACAUCUCUCCCUUCACGCAGCAAAACCAUUUUCUUCAAUUUCUCACAGCGAUGUUUCUUCACGCUUGCCGGUAAGCCCAACCCCACCGCCGCCCCCUACUCCGUCGUCUUCCGCUCCUUGUCCACGUCUCGUGCAGCGUCAUUUUUGCACCGGAAUCAUGGUUUCGUCUUGUCGAGGUGUGUUUCCUCGAUUUCGUCGUCGGCCGAAUCCACUGUCUGGAGGAGCGACGCCAUCAACGGCCAGGAGAACGUUGGCCGGCUGGAGGAGGAGGAGGAAGAUGACGGCGUUGGGGAGACUUCCAAGGCUACUAUCCCCGUUAGGGCUUUUUUAUUCUCGACAAGCGUGGAUUUGAGGAGCUUGGUGGAGCAUAAUAAGCAGAAUUUUAUUCCACCGUCUUCUCGCAUGACUAAUUACGUGGUUUUGAGAUUCGGUGAUUUCAAUCCUGUGCCUAAUGGUAGUAUGGGUUCUAGUUUAUGCGGAAGUCAGUGCUGUUACAUUGUGGUUUUCCAGUAUGGCUCGAUCGUCCUAUUCAAUGUCUGUGAUCAUGAAGUUGACGAUUAUUUGAAGAUUGUAAAGAGACAUGCUGCGGGAUUGCUUCCCGAGAUGAAAAAGGAUGAAUACGAGGUGCGAGAGAAUCCAACAUUGCAUACAUGGAUGCAAGGUGGACUUGAUUACAUUAUGCUGCAGUAUCUAAAUAUUGAUGGGAUCCGUACAAUAGGUAGUGUACUUGGUCAGAGUAUUGCUCUCGACUACUAUGUUCGUCAGGUUGAUGGAAUGGUUGGGGAGUUCACUGACAUCAAUAGGGAGAUGGAGAAAACUGGAAACUUUACAAUGGAGAGGAAAAAGCUCUUUCAACUGGUUGGAAAGGCAAAUUCCAAUCUUGCAGAUGUUAUUCUUAAGUUAGGACUUUUUGAGAGAUCAGAUAUUGCAUGGAAGGACGCCAAAUAUGCUCAGAUUUGGGAAUACCUUAGAGACGAGUUCGAACUAACCCAAAGAUUUGCAAGUCUUGAUUUCAAAUUGAAGUUUGUGGAGCACAAUAUCCGUUUUCUUCAAGAGAUCCUCCAAAACAGGAAAUCGGAUUUUCUGGAAUGGCUCAUCAUCAUUCUCAUAGGGGCUGAAAUCCUUAUAUCUGUUUAUGACAUUGCUCAUAGUUUGGUCGAUUUGACCAAACCGACCAAAAUUGACCAAGAAGUUCAGUCGGUUAAUAUGGCAAGUUCAGUUGAUGCGUCAGGAGAACCAGUUCCUACUUCGUCUCUUUUAAUGGCGGCAUCAAAGCAUAUCGGGUCUCGGUGCCGUGCAGAGAAUGUGGCUUUUCUGAUGUGCAAAAAAGACGAUCCGAACCCUGAAAAAUGCCUCGACAAGGGACGCCAAGAUUAUGCAAAGGAUAACUGAUCGGCUUAGAUAUUCAUGUAAAACAAGUAAAUAGCAUUUAACUUCCAUUUCGGAGCUUUACUUACUGGGGUUAACUUAUUGUAAUAUGUCAGAAGUUGUUGAUGGCGCUAUGAUGUGCCCAAUGGCACUAAAUAUAGUGUCUGAUGCGAAUUACAGUAUCUAAAAUGGCUGGUCAAUACAGAUAUGUUUUCUUAUGAGUAUGGUUGGUCAAUGCUUCAUCUAUAAUAUAAGGAAAAAGUAAGUUACUGAUCAGUACUUUAGAUAUCUUUUCAAAUUCUUGAAAUUUUGAUUUUCAUCACUGAAAUAGAUACUUCAUCACAUAGUUAUGUGUAUUUUUUUUCUUGUUUUUAAUAUCCUGUGAGUCCCCAGUAUAUGCUCUAAUUAGUGGUGACUUGAUGCAUUUCCAUGUUUAUCUGGCUAGUGUGAAUAAUAG